AUGAAUGUUGAUGAGACAAAAGAAUUACAAGAAAUCGUUAAACUCUUAACAGAAAAACCCAUAAUAGAUCAUUCAAAAGUAAAAGACAUUUAUGAGAUUGCAAAAAAAUUAAGAACAGGACUUCAGUUUGCUUAUUUUAAAGUAAAAUGGGGUUUACAAAAGUGUGAUAUAUCAACAUGUGAAAGAAUGAUAGAACAAAAAUUAGAAGAUUAUAAAAACUAUCCAAAUAAAGAAAGAAUACAUCUUCCAUUUCAUGUUUCUCCCAUACCUCCAUCAAAAAAUGGAUUCACUGAUGAAAAAGCUAAAGCUGUCUUUGAAAUACUUGAUUCAUUAGUAAAACGACCAAAAUCAUCAUCAUCUGAUAUUAAUGAUUCAACUGAUAAUAUCAACCACUACAAUAAUAAAAGAAUUAAUACUAGAAAACGCCACUUAAAUAAUAAUGAUAGAAUCUCUUCUACAACAGAAUCAGCUUCAUUAUCAUCUUUUGAUGCAUCUUCUCUUGAACAAACUUUGCCUCCAUUUUUCCCAAUAGAGGUGAAUCCUAAUUCCAUAGAACUCUAUUUAAAUUCAUUAGAAAGAAAUUAUGGUGCUUAUGGCAAUAAUAAUAAUCAUCAUUCAUGGACUUUAAUGAACUAUGGAUCACCAACAAUAAAAAACUCUUCGUUAUCAUCGUCACAUAGAAGAAAAGUAGAUUGGGGGGAAGAUUCAAAUCGCGCCAUUAAAAACCAAAAGAUUCAAAAAACAACUGUUGGAACCCCUCCAAACCAAAUUCGAUCAAUUAAUGAUAUGAAAACACCAGAUACUGCAUUUUCAUUAAGUGAAUAUUUGAAUAUGUCUCCUAUGCAAUAG